AUGUCUCUCCGUUCCAAGAAGAACGUUACCCUCAUCCGCCCAAUACCCGCCUUCAUACCGCGUGCUCUGGCGCUGGAUGUUCUUCACGACCACAGUGAAGUCAUCACACUCAACCCGCUGGUUUUAUCACAUCGUGCCAUUGCCGCUCCGAUCGAUGCGCCGCCGGAUGAGGCGCUGUCCAGAUGGUAUGAGAUUACGGAACGCAUUCAAUUCAUUCCGGGUCUAGGCAAGGCAGGCUCGUCAACAAUAAACUUUAAUGGCGUCUUUCACGAUGUGCCGUGGGGUCUACAGACACAUAUAUAUGCUCCGAUGAACAUUGACAUGAGGGCACAAUACCGCAUCGCAGGAUCACAACCGGGUGUCGACCAGGAGCCUGCAAUACGAGAGCUGGGUCUCGAGAAGCUGGGCGCCCCGAAAGAGGGCCUGUACUUACGAGCAGAUGUUGAAUUCAAGGCGAAUGUAGCGCUUGCAGGCUUCGUGAAGAGCGAAAGCGUCAAAGCGAUCGGGGAGAUGGUGCAGCGAAUGGUUCAACGAGCCGAAAAGCUGGACGCAGACGUGCUGCAGGGCAUGAUUAGAGACGAAAGAGAGGUCAACCUGGGAAGAGUGAAGAGUGCAGACGGACCACAGCCCCAACUGGCUUGGCAAUUGCGGCAGAGCCAAAGUCAAGGAUCAGUUCCCCAUCUUAGCCAGACGCAGAGCAUGCCAGUCCAGCAAUGCGUUUCUGGACGGGACAGCUGGCCAACAGAGGAGCAAAAACCCCGACACGCCAACACUGAUCCGAUCGCACAGGAGUUGCCUUCGCCGCCGACCAUUCAAUAUUCAUCAUUCGGAAGAAACGAGCAGCAACCACAGAUUGCUUACCAGCAAAAGCGGUCGAGCUAUGCGCCGCCCACACACGUUGUUGAACUCGAUAACACCGAACACUCGGCCGGCUCUGAACAGAGUGGUUGGUCAGCGGGCAUUGCCGAUAACGGCAGCACCGAUAGCAACGGAGCAUACCCGUAUCCAGACGUGCGUUCACCAUCACAAGGUCGUUCGCCUUCGAGAGAAGCUGUUCAGCAGCAGAACACUUCGACCUACCAACAUCAACAGCAAGCGCCCUCGCCUCAGCCGCAACAAACACAAUCACAACAAAGUCCUUACGCGUACACAUACAAUCCAGCGGAUUAUCAAAAGCAGCCACAGGUGAUAGCCCAGUCCAAACCAUUCUAUCCCCUGCCUUCUCAACAGCAAUCCUACCAACAACAAUACUCCCACUAUCAACAACCGCAACAGCAACAGCCAGCCUACCCGCAGACUCGAGAGCCAGAGAUGCGUGAAAGGGAGCGAGGCCAGAAAGUGCCACAAUUCCAGGAAGGAAGGAAGUACAGUUUCGACGAAGCCAGAUUACAGCCGGAAGCACUCAACGUGGGCAGUUUCGAGCGCAGCAGGAGGUGGAGUGGCGUCGGAGUUGGUGAAUGA